GACAUCUUAAACCCUCAGGAACUCUCCCCUCGCGUCUCUCUCUGCUCUCUAUUUCAUGACGUUCGUUUGAGAAGCUUGGCUGGUUAGAUGGUGAUGUAGAACUUCUCGAAUUUGACAUCCCUUCCUCAGCAUAGAAAGCUGCUAUUCGUCAGGAAUGCAACCGUAGAGAACUGGAAGGUGAAAUAAAUUCAUGUUUGGAAACUCUGGGUGAUACGCAUGCACAAUCGAAUGGGACCACAAGGAGUAAUUUUUAGCGAAAAAUUAGACCUUAGAUCCAGUUGCUAGUUACGGUUUUCUUUUCAGGCGUAGGCUUCGGCGGGGAAUUUGAGUGGGAAAUGGCCCAGAAAAUUAUUCAAAACAGGAUGGUGAAAUGCCAUUCCUCCCCAGCAGCAUCAAAUGUAUCGCGGUUCCUCUGUCACACCCCUGAUCAAACAACUGCCCUCAACAACCACAACGAACUCAACAACUGCAUUCCUGAUGACAAUGGUGACAACAGCGAUGAGAGCAGCACGAAGGAGAAGCCGAGGAGGAGGAGAAAAAGGCGACCCGACGACGCCGAGGUCGUGAAAUGGAACAUCAGCAUAUCCAACCACAUGCGCCACGGCCGAUGCGACUUCGCGCGCCGCAUCUCCAACGGCCAGUUCCCCCUCGCCCUCCGCAUCUUCAGCGCCAUGCCUGACCGCGACACCGUCUCCUACAACACCAUGAUCCAGGGCUGUGUCCGCAACCGUAAUCUCAGUGCCGCACGUCAACUCUUCGAUGAAAUGCCCCAUAGAGACACUGUUUCUUGGAAUACGCUGAUAUCUGCAUACGCUGAGUGUGGUCGUGUCGAAUUGGCCCGUCAGACCUUUGAUGCCACGCCCAACAAGAACUCGAUUUCUUGGAACGGGCUCCUUGCAGCUUAUGUCCAGAACGGCCGGCUUGAUGAUGCAAGGAAGCUGUUUGACUCGAAUCCUCACUGGGAGGCUGUUUCGUGGAACGCAAUGAUUGCCGGAUAUGUCCGGAGGAAAAGACUGGUUGAUGCACAGUUGCUCUUCGAUCGGAUGCCCCGAAGAGACAUAAUUUCUUGGAAUACCAUGAUUUCCGGUUACGCUCAAAAUGGAGAUAUAGCGGAGGCGAGGCAGCUCUUUGAGAUAUCCCCCAAUAAGGAUGUCUUCACUUGGACGGCCAUGGUUUCUGGGUACGCACAGAACGGGAUGAUGGAAGAAGCGAGGAGGGUUUUCAACGAAAUGCCCGACAGGAAUUCCGUUUCAUGGAAUGCUAUGAUUGGAGCCUAUAUGCAGUGCGGAAAUGUAGGUGAGGCGAGACAGUUGUUUGAAGCGAUGCGAUGCAGGAACAUCAGCUCAUGGAACACUAUGGUCACGGGCUAUGCUCAGGCUGGGAUGAUCGAGGAUGCACGUCGAGUUUUCGACGAGAUGCCUCAACGAGAUUCGGUCUCUUGGGCGGCGAUGAUAGCUGGAUAUUCUCAGAGUGGAUUCAGUGAAGAGGCGUUACGAUUGUUUUUAGAAAUGGGGAGAAACGGAGAAAGAGUGAAUAGGUCAUCAUUUACUUGUGCUUUAAGCACUUGUGGGGAUAAUGCUAUGUUAGAGUGCGGAAAACAGUUGCAUGGCAGGCUAGUGAAGGCUGGCUAUGGGUUGGGUUGCUUCGUGGGCAAUGCACUGAUUGCAAUGUAUUUUAAGUGCGGGAGCAUAGAUGAGGCAUCCAUGGCAUUCAAGGAGAUGAAGGAGAAGGAUGUUGUGUCAUGGAACACUAUGAUUGCUGGCUACGCUAGGCAUGGGUUUGGCAACGAGGCACUCCAAGUUUUUGAUCAGAUGAGAACAAAGGGCAUAAAACCCGAUGAUGUCACCAUGGUCGGAGUCCUAUCAGCAUGUGGGCAUACUGGAUUAGUUGAUAAAGGCAUUGCUUAUUUCAACUCAAUGCACAAGGAAUUUGGCGUAUCACCGAAGGCCGAACAUUAUACAUGCAUGAUUGAUCUUCUUGGUCGAGCAGGACGGUUGGCAGAGGCUCAGGCUCUUAUAAGAGACAUGCCCAUGGAACCAGAUGCAACCAUGUGGGGUGCUUUACUCGGUGCAAGUAGAAUCCACAAAAACAGCAAAUUGGGAGAAAAAGCUGCUGAAAAGAUUUUCGAGAUGGAGCCAGAAAAUUCCGGAAUGUAUGUUCUCCUAUCAAACAUGUACGCGUCUUCUAAAAAAUGGACGGAUGUCGGUAAGUUGAGAAAAAUAAUGCAGGAGAGAGGUGUAAAAAAGGUGCCAGGCUUUAGUUGGAUAGAGGUGAAGAAUGUCGUUCAUUCCUUUUCUGUUGGGGAUUUGGUUCAUCCUGAGAAAGAAAAGAUCUAUGCUUUUCUAGAGGAAUUAGAUAUGAAGAUGAAGACGGCGGGUUAUUUAUCUGCUACAGAGAUGAUACUGCAUGAUGUGGAAGAGGAGGAGAAGGAGCACCUGCUUAAAUAUCACAGUGAAAAGCUUGCUGUUGCAUUUGGGAUUUUAAAUGUGCCCCCAGGGAGGCCUCUUAGGGUGAUCAAGAACCUCAGGGUCUGCCAAGACUGUCACAAUGCUAUCAAGUAUAUAUCUGCAAUUGAAGAUAGGUUGAUAAUCCUAAGAGAUUCGAACCGUUUUCACCAUUUUAAUGGCGGUUCGUGUUCUUGUGGAGAUUAUUGGUGAGAUCAAAGAUUGCGAAUUAGACCUAUCUCCAUGGAAGCAGCAGCAGCAUGUAUUCAUUCUAUUGAUCUGGCAUUGUUCAAGGAUGGCAUGAAAGUGAUCCUGACCUGAGGAAUAAUCCGGAUGUUAGAUCCUUGAUUUACUUAACUGGCGAUAUCGCAAAAGAGGAAAGAAUCCUGCAUUAAGGAGGAAAGGGUGACAGGCGGGAACUGCUCUUAAAUUCCUGUGCCAGAAGCCCAAAUGAACUCAGGUCCAGUUGUGUUAUUUUGUGUAUCAGAUACUCAGUAUAUUUUGUUGGGUUGAGAGAGCUUCCUACCUGUUUGACGUUAUGUUCUGUAGCCAACAGCACAUAGUGACGUGUUCAGUCGUUUCCAGCAGGGAGAAACAUCAAUAAAACUUCUUAAAGUUCUAAAAAAACUAUUCUUUGCCUCUCAUCCUUGAUCUCAUCCUUGAUUGUCUGUGAGGGUUGGUGUGAGCUGCAGCCAUGGUGAGGAGGACCAAAACAUGUAAAUCAACCCCAGAAGCCUCGAACAUUGGGUAACCGAGCUAGGCGAUAUUGAGAAUGGUUACAUAUUUCAGUAACCAAGUUAAUGAAAACAUGUAUAAGCUUAAAUUAUCGGUGACUACAUAGUUUCAGACUACAAUUCAAGAAAUCAUGGAGAAUUGAGAGCCAAAGGCCUCAGAUCGAUCAAGAGGAACUCAAGACACCAACAACUGUGGAAGCUCAUCAAUGAUGUAUAAGUUCCAAGGCUACAUGAUUUGGAUUAUCAGGUUGAGUAUAAACAUAGUAAGUUAUCAAUGACAGAUGAAGAGCAUGCACUGAAUCACUAGCAGUAUGAAAUUCAAUUAUUUCCUAUCUCAGUUGUAUGAGAGGUGAUUGGGUAGCGAAAGAAGAGUGAGAAAUGGGAAUAUGGCGUAUCUAAUUCUCUUGCAGCUUUUACAUGUUUCUAUGUAGAUUUGGAAAGAUAUAUUAAUGAAGUUUUAUAUUUCGCUUAGCUCUUCCGUACAUUGUAAACAAGCGAUAAAUGUUUGUUUUAUGGUAUUUUAAAACUGCAUUGGAUUGUAAAAUAA